AUGGUGGAGGACCUGAGCAGUCUGCUUGGUCUGCUUAUCAUCCGCGAGGCAUUCAAUUCGACGUCGUGUUUCGCCAAGCUUCAACGCCUCAAGACUGCCAUGGCUGGUCGUACCCUCUUUGUUCGGUUCGCAACACGCACUGGUGAUGCCAUGGGUAUGAACAUGAUUUCCAAGGGCACAGAAAAGGCGCUUGAGGUUAUUCAGAAGCAUUACCCGGAGAUGAUCACGCUUGCGCUAUCAGGGAACUACUGCACGGACAAGAAACCUGCUGCCAUCAACUGGAUUGAGGGACACGGGAAGAGUGUGGUGGCUGAGGCUGUCAUUCCUGGGAGGGUUGUCAAGAGCAUGCUGAAGACUACGGUUGAGGCACUCUGCAAUCUCAACAUGAAGAAGAACUUGGUUGGAAGUGCUAUGGCUGGUUCGAUCAGUGGUUUCGAUGCCCAUGCCACAAACAUCCUUACUGCCGUUUUCUUGGCUACAAGUCAGGAACGUGGAGAGUUCAAAUUAACUAACGAUGGCGAAGAUCUGCUUAUGACCAUAUCUAUGCCCUCGAUUGAGGUUGGCACUGUUGGUGGAGGUACUGUUCUUGGUCCCCAGGGCUCCGUUCUCGAGAUGCUUGGCCUCAAGGGUGCACACCCAACUACCAACACUGCGCCAAUGAAAGGGUUUGUCCACGAGGUUCUUUGUCACUCUCGUACAUCAGGCAGCGUUCUGCAGACAGCGCUUUGUUACCUGGAAGCUAUCCGCGCCAAGGUCCCAGAGCUGGUCACGCAGGAGAAGGUGCAUCCUGGGUCUACUUGUGAAAAGGAAUCGGUUGAACACAUCGUUCAAGGUGAGGUCAGCGCUUUUAGCGCUGGCCUUGAUGGACCUACCUCUUCCACGGAAACAUCGACAUGCAAUGGCCAACGUUCGAACCGCGACUUGGAUUAA